AUGGCUUCAAGAACAAUGCUCCUGCGCUCCGUGUCGCGCGCGACUACGUCGCCUGUCUCGAUCGCCUCUGCGACCCCGGCGCGUAGCUUUCAGACCUCAGCCCGGCGGCUGGCCGAGGCACCGCUGACUGCACGCAAGCCAGUCGGCGCGUUCCGUGGGGGUCUCUUCGGCUUCCUUCUCGGCGCGACGCUGACGGGUGCGGGCGUGUACUACUACGUGCUCACGGAAUACAAAGCGUCCAACGACCAGCUGACGGAAGACAUUUACACCCUGCAAAGGGCCACGCAGCAGCUCAGCACCCACCUGGCGACGCUCGAGGACAAGGUCCAGAAGAAAUGA